AUGGACUCUACGGAGCUUCCUAUGGAUUUAAUAACGGAGGAGAUUCUCACGAGACUGCCUGUAAAAUCCCUGAUGAGAUUCAAGUGUGUUUCAAAGCUCUGGCUAAGGCUCAUCAGCUCACGAUAUUUCACCCACCGUUUCCUUACAGUCCAUUCCCCUCGUCUUUACAUGUGUUUAUGGGACGCAAACGACUACCUUAACUGUGAAAUACUCUCAUCCGCUCUUCUAGACGCUACUACUACUACUACUACUCCAUCUCCCUUUUUAGUUGACCACUAUCUGACCACCCCACGGAUGGGAAGGCACAUCUUGCAAAAUCUUGGUGGCUUCAUGUGCUACAUCUAUUGGAAUAAGCCUCGGAUGUAUAACCCUGCCACCAGACAACUUGUCACCUUACCCUUCAAAAAGUCCGACCACAUGAUCGUACCACCAGGAGGAAAAAAAAUCGUCCGCUACUAUUUCGGAUACGACGCGCUUAACCACAAGUACAAAGUGGUCUCCUCGAUUAGCGUACACCUAAAACAGAAUAUGGAAGUGAUCAGUUCAGAGAAUUGGGUAUUUGUACUAGAAGGUGGAGUAUGUUCCUGGAAAAAGGCUGCUUUAACCUCACCGGACUUUUGUCCUCACGUGCCUUGCAAAAUGGAAGGACUGUGUAUCGAUGGGGUUAUAUACUACAUGGCUUUGCUUGGUCCGUUUGAAUAUGUGUUUGUGAGUUUCGACGUUAAAUCUGAAGAGUUCAACAUGAUCCAAGUACCUCGCAGGGACGGCGACGAGCUGCUUGAAAGGUUUCAGAAUGUGGGUCUUUUGGAGUAUGGUGGAAAACCAACUCUUUUUGACCAAACAAAUCUUAAAGACAAGGGUGUCGUGGCUUUAUGGUCUGUGGAAGAUGCCGGGAGCAAGAAAUGGUCGUGCAAGAGUCUGGUUGUGCAGCCUUCUCAACUGCAUCUGGUCAAUACCAUUACAUUCAAUGUGAAAGGUAUAACUCAAAACGGCAAGGUUCUCCUGAUACCAAAGAAUAUUCUUUUUCCUUUUCACAUUCUCUCUUAUGAUAUUCAAAACAAUGAUAUGAGAAAGAUUGAGAUCAGAGGUAUACCUGACCGCUGGUUUAAUAUGGACGAAGAAGCUGAGGUAUGUGUCGACGUGAUGUUUAUGGACCAGAGUGAGAGCGUCAUUAGUAGCGAUUUUGUAUCUUCUCUCGACUGGACAGAGAGAGAUAAUCACGACACUUCCAUUCACAGAUCUCUACCACUUUCUGUGUCAUUACCGAUAUUGUGA